GGGCUCUAGCAAAUACAGAAAAACUCAGGGAAUUAGCAGCAACAGAACCAGCACAAGUUCCGAUACCAAGACCACAUGAAAAUCCAGAAGAUGAUACCACCAAAAUUGCUAACCUGCCCAUAUCAGUAGAAAAGACACAGUACCUCAAUGUGCAAGCCAUGGCAACAGUUACUGAUUUUGCGCAAAACUUUUACUACCUAGCUUGUUCAAUCUGCAAGAAAGCGACAAAUGCAUAUGGAGAUGGAGACUUCUGGUGCAACUACUGUAACCAAAAAGUCCCAGCACUCACAAAGAUCAAAUUCAACAUCCAACUCACAGAUCCAACUGGAACAAUUGAAGCAACAGUCUUUUCAGAAAUUGCAGCAGAGUUCUAUAACAUCUCAGCAACAGAUGCAAUCAAUGGACAACUCACCCUCCCAGUGCUUCAUAUGCUAGCUGAACCAAAAAAAUGCCUCGCCACAUUGAAAGCAUACAUGCACAAAUAUGCCGGAAUCAGUCAAUAAAAAUUCACUGUCCAUGCCAUCUCUCUUGACAACAGCACAGAAGCAGCAGAUCGUUUAGAAGCACUCCUUGCUCUACCACCAAACACUCCAAAUAAAA